AUGCCUUCCACACCAAAGAGUUCAAGUCCCACACCCGAAGAUAACAGUAUCAAGGUGUUGGUCAGAGUGCGGCCCCUCUUGCCAAGGGAAAUUCCUGAAAGUGGCCAAGAUGUCAAAUCGCUCGUGUCCAUGCCUGCGAAUGAUUCCAGAGUUACUCGAUUGGAGGUACCUGCCAGUUCAACUUUCAGCAACCAAAAAUCGAAGGUGCAUCGACCAUCUCAGGUGGAAUCAUCUGAUACCUCUGAGGAUGUCAAGACCUACCAUUUUGAUGAGUCAAUUUGGUCGUAUGACCUGAAUGAUGCACAUUAUGUCAGUAAUAAGCAAUUCUAUACUAAGACGGGCCCUAGCGUGUUGAACCACUUCUUUCAGGGAUUUAACGUUUGUCUUUUGGCAUAUGGCCAGACCAGUUCUGGUAAGACCUUCACCAUGAUGGGAAACAAGAAGGAACCAGGGAUCAUACCUUUGGUGGUACGGGAUAUUCUCCGCCAAAAGGAAAUCUUGAUAGGAGAAAGAAUCAAUUGUGAGGUCAAAUUGUCAUACAUGGAAAUAUACAACGAGCAGGUGAAGGACUUACUAGGAAAUCAACAAGGAAAGAUGAGGGUGAGGGAGCACCCAACUACUGGUCCCUAUGUGGAGAAUUUGAGCGAAUUUGUCAUCGAUCAGUAUGAAGACUUUGAGAAGUACUUGAAGGAUGGAAACAUCAGAAGGGCAACUGCAUCGACAUCCAUGAAUGAGCAAAGUUCACGAUCUCACGCGAUAUUAACCUUGACAUUGAAGCAGACCAAGUUCAACCUGUCGGAUCUGAAUGAAUCGAUAGGGGAAGCCGAGGAGGAAAUGAUCUCGAACAUUAAGUUGGUAGAUUUGGCGGGCUCCGAGCGUUUAUCAAAAACAAAGGUUUAUGGACAACAGGAUAGAAUUAAGGAAGGAACCCUAAUAAAUAAAUCGUUGACGGUUUUGGGAAGAUGCAUCAACUUAUUGUCAUCACCAGGGGCAUCAGCCAAGUCCAUUCCCUAUCGAGACUCCAUUCUUACAUAUAUUUUGAGAGAAAACUUGGGUGGAAAUUCCAAGACGCUAAUGAUAUUUUGCAUCUCGCCCAUCGAUUUCGAUGAAACCCAUCAGACGUUGAACUAUGCAACCCAAGUCAAGAGAAUCAAGACAACCGCAAAGGCAAACAAGACCAAGUUGGCCACGGUUCCGAUCGACUGGAAUCAGUUGGAAACCAACGACCAGGAUGUGGUAUCCUCGUUGAAAAACGAGAUCCAGGAGCUCACGGCCAAGCUAAACUCCAUCACCAUUGCGGAAGACGAGUCUCGUUUUGCCAAACUCAUGAACUACCUCGAGAAGGAGACGAGUAAGGUCAAGUUUGAGAACAAGUUCUUGAAGCAGCAACUACACCAGAAGACUGCCGAAGUUGCCGAGCUCUCCAGCCACGUUACCUACUUGGAGCACGAGGUGGGGUCGCUCACGCGGGAGGUGGUCGCUCACCAGCACCAAAGCUUGGCACGGUCCAAGGACCUUUUGCUAGAGAGUUGCCAGGCCGGGGAGAUUGCCAUGGGCGAACAAUUGGCCCAUUUCGACCCAGCGACGUUUUUUUAG